AUUUAGUUGGGCAGUCAACCAUCAACCAUCGACCGAAAACGCAACCAUAAGGCCGGAGGUCGCUUAUUAAAAAAUUGUCAAACAAACGCGAGCUUCCGUUCAAAUUAUAAUUUCGCAUUUUACGAUUAUCGGAAUUAUAUUGUUUGCGAUUAUUAUUUUUUUUUGGUUUAAUUUUGAUUUUACAGUAGUUGCCCAGUAGAAUUGAACAAGUGUUAUACAUAGUUGAACAUUUAUGCUUGAUGGUCGAGGCAUUAGAACGUGACCAGUGUGAUAUUAAAAUACAUAGUUUGUGAUACAAGAUGACGUAGAGGCACUAAUAAUUUCUAGUAUAAGUGAAUUUUUGUGAUUUAAAAAUGGAUAGUGGAACUAGUGAGAAAAGACGGAGCAAUCCCAGGGAACGAGCGCACUUGUUUUCGUUUUUGACUUUUGGUUACACAUUUGGUUUGUUCAAGCGAGGCAUCAAAAACAGUUUACAGGAAACGGACGUUUACGCCAUCCCCGAUGAUUGCGAUUCGAAACGUUGCGGCGACAAAACCGAAAUCGAAUGGAAACGCAACAAAACCAUCCUCAAAAUGCUAUGGAGGAGGUUCGGAUUACGAUAUUCCAUAUUAACUGGAGUACAUUUGAUAUGGACUUUGUUCAACAGUAUUGUUCAUCCAUAUAUUACAAGUAAAUUUAUUUCAUAUUUUGGCCAAACAUCGAAAAUAUCCAGAAACGAUGCUUAUUUCUAUGGUGGAAUUGUGAUACUUUUGGCUAUUUUUCAUUGUUUCUGGAUACAUAAUUAUUUCAUGAUGCAGUUUAAGCUAGAAUUGCAAAUAAAGGCCUCGUUGACUUCGUUGAUUUAUAGGAAAGUCCUAAAACUCCGUCCAGGUGAAAUUUCCGAAACCAGUAUGGGAAACAUCGUAACAAUCCUAACAAAAGACAUCAAACUUGUGGUUCACAAUAUAUGGACCUUGAGCGAAAUGGCCAUAGGCACAAUUCAAACGCUGAUGGUAUUUUAUCUUCUUUACGCAAGGAUGGGUCCGCCGUCGACCAUCGCCAUGGGCAUGCUGUUUGCGGGAUUGAUAGUUCAAGUAUUUUUAAGCAGAAUAAUAACAAAAUUGAGGCUAAAAGUGGGCAAAAUGGCAGAUAAAAGGUUGCAGCUCACCCAGGAAGCCCUGUCGGCGUUGAGGAUUAUCAAAAUGUACACUUGGGAGCUGUUUUUCAAUCAAAGAAUAUACGAUGCUAGAAAAAAAGAAAUGAAAACAACAAUGACAGCUUUCUACUUAAAAAUCGUCCUGAUUCUCAUCGGAAUAAUGGGCUCAAAAAUCACCUUUCCCAUUUUGCUGAUUUGCUACGUGGCUCUGGGCUAUGCUACCAAUACCGAGCUAGUUUUCUACGUCAUUGGCCUCUUCAAAGAGCUUAGACACUCGGUUGGAAUUUCGAUUCCGCUCGGUCUAACUCACUCGGCCGAGUUCUACGCUUCUUUGUCCAGAAUAAGUAAAAUGUUGCACAUAGAAGAACACUCUGUAAUGGUUCAAGACAGCAACAAUAAGGAGCAAAAGGCCAAAAUCGAUUUCAAAGAUGUUACAGUAUCAGUUAAUAAGGAUAUUAUUCUGAAGAAUCUUACUUUUAGUAUAACCACUAGUGGUUUGAAUAUCGUCACUGGUUUAGUAGGCCAAGGCAAAAGUUCCUUGCUCAAAGCCAUACUACGAGACUAUUCAACAACAAAAGGCUCUAUAAUAGUCCAUGGCUCAAUUUCCUACGCCUCCCAAGACCCUUGGCUAUUUCCUUCCUCAAUAAAGCAAAACAUAUUGUUCGGACAAGCCUUAAACCACACAAGAUAUAAAGAAGUUGUUAAAAUUUGCUCGUUGGAAUACGAUUUUGGUUUGUUGCCUCACGGCGAUGAAACAAUCGUCACAGAUGGAGGGAUGAAUUUAAGUAAAGGCCAACAAGCUAGAGUCAAUUUGGCCAGAGCAAUCUACAAGGAUAGUGAUAUUUAUUUGUUGGACGACAGUUUGGCCGCCUUGGAUGUUAAAGUCCAAGAAGACAUUUUCAAUAAUUGCAUCAAGAAGUUUUUAGCUGAUAAAAUUGUAUUGUUUGUUUCGCAAAAUCCUGAACAUUUCAAAAGUGCUUCAAAUGUGAUUUUAUUAAAUCGAGGUUCGAUAAAAUCGAUUUCUAAGCCUUCUGAAUUAUUCACUGAAGAUAUUCAAGAAUUAAUAAAAGACAAAACGAUUAUGAAGGAGGUUUGCAAUGAGAAGAAAAUGAUUGAAAUUGAGUUAGAUGGAGGAUUAGGCAAGAAAAAGAAGAUUUAUCAAGAAGAGAAAAAAGAAGGCAGCGUCGAGUUUAGUACUUAUUUCAAGUAUUUCAAAUACGGAGGCGGAAUGAUCAUAUUUUGCUUGAUUAUGUCGUUGUAUUUGGGUGCCCAAUUUACGGAAAGUUACUCGUCUAAACUGAUUUCCAAAUGGGUCGACUAUCAGCAACAAGCCUACGACGUCGUACCAGGCAGCAACAUAACAACCAAAACCAACGAAACUCUCAGCUACGAUCAGGCCGUCGAAAGACGCGACAAAACUUUCAAUUUGUACGCCAUCUUGAUUUUCGCGUCUGCCGUUGCGUCGCUGGUCAAAUCCUACACCAUUUUACGUUUUUGUAGACGGGCUUCCAUCAAAAUUCACGAAAUUAUGUGCCGAUGCGUGAUUGGAUCGCUGAUGAGUUUUCUGGAUAAUCAUUUUAUUGGAAAUAUUUUAAAUCGGUUUUCGUACGAUUUGGACGUCAUUGAUGAAUUGUUUCCGUUUAUUUUUAGUGAAUUUUUCAGAAGUUUCAUCAGUAUCGCAGGUAUGCUCAUUCUUAUAGCGACAGUGAGCUGGAUUUUCUUGUUGUUCGCUCUGGGAUUUUUCGCCACCCUGUAUAUUUUGAGGACUCUGUAUAUUCCAACGGGAAGGGCACUGAAGAGGCUCGAAGCGAUGACACGUAGUCCAUUGGUGGGCCAUCUGAACGCCUCAGUCGAAGGCCUGACAACCAUAAGAGCCUACAAAGCAGAAGAAGUACUAAAAGACGAAUUCGACAAACAUCAAGAUUUAGCCAACUCCACAUAUUACAUGGUUAUGACCACAACCCGGGCCUUCGGCUACGUCAUGGAUUUCGCUGGCGCCAUGUUCAUUGUCUUUAUUAUAUUGGUACUACUGUUUGCUGACACCAAAAUCUCAGUAGGCGAUGUAGGUCUGGCUUUGACACAAGUCAUGAUGUUGACAGGUUACUUACAAUGGGCGGUACGUCAAUGGGCCGACUUGGAAAACUGUAUGACAUCAGUGGAGCGUGUAUUAGAAUACACGGAAAUCCAACAUGAAGAAGACACCCAACAGGGUGCUAUUAAUAAUUGGCCUAAAGAUGGCACGUUGACGUACGACAACGUUACGUUGACUUAUGACGGCGAAAGUCAAAUUCUAAAAGGCAUCAGUUUUAGAGUAAAUUCUGGAGAAAAAAUCGGCAUAGUUGGUAGAACUGGUGCCGGCAAGUCUUCAAUUAUAUCCACCCUAUUCAGACUGUACAAUUACCAAGGCAAAAUUUCCAUUGACGGCAUCGAUAUAUCUCAAGUAUCGAUUAAUUUUUUGCGUAAAAGUAUCUCAAUUAUACCUCAAGACCCAAUAAUUUUUGAAGGCUCCGUGCGUGUUAACUUAGACCCAUACAAAAUCUACUCGGACCAAGAAGUGUGGCAGGUUUUGGAGAAAGUCAAAGUCAAAGAUCUCAUUCCGACCCUGGACGAUGACAUAAUCAGCUUGAGCUUAAGUACUGGCCAAAAACAAUUGCUAUCACUGGCCAGGGCCGUACUAAGAAAAAAUAAAAUUGUCGUUUUGGACGAGGCUACGGCCAACAUGGACGAAGAAAGUGACGAGUUGGUGCAAAAAUUGAUUCGCGAUAAUUUUUCUGAAUGCACUGUGAUAAUGAUUGCUCACAGACUGAGCACGAUUUUGGAUUGCGAUAAGGUGAUGGUGAUGGAUAACGGCAACGUCGCCGAAUUCGAUAACCCCAGGAAUUUGUUGGCGGAUAAGAGUAGUUUGUUUUAUGCUAUGAAGAAUCAGGCUAAGGAGAAUUCGUGAUUUUGUUUGUAUUUUAUAAAUAUAUUUUUUUGUUGUAA